AUGUGGCCGCUAGUAUCAUCACCGCUUUGUUGUCGAGGGGCAACGUUGCUGGACAGCUCUACCAUUCGCAGCGCUGAGCAACUCUAUCGUUACCAACGUGAGGCAAAUCUAUUGUUGCCACUAGCGUCAGAUGCUAUAAAGCAAUGUCGCAACAUGCAGCUAAGCUUCAGAGAGGCAUCAUCACGAUCUAAUCGAUUUCGUGUAAUUGAAAUAAUUGAUCACAGAGCUGCAAACAGUUCUACUUGUGUUCAGUGUUCAGACUCUCAAUCCUCUAAAAGCUCAGGCUCGGGAAAAAACCAUGAGGGUCAAAUCAAAUAUGGUUUCACCUUAGUGAAAGGAAAAGCUAAUCAUCCCAUGGAGGAUUACCAUGUUGCGAAGUUUAUACAGAUAGAUGAACAUGAGCUUGGACUAUUUGCGAUAUAUGACGGCCAUAUGGGAGAUCGCAUUCCUUCAUACCUGCAGAAACAUUUGUUUGACAAUAUAUUGAAGGAGCAUGAGUUUUGGGUUGAUCCGGGAAGAUCAAUGUCAAAAGCGUACGAGAAAACUGAUCAAACAAUUCUUUCAGACAGUUCCAAUUUGGGGCGAGGUGGGUCCACUGCUGUCACAGCUAUUCUAAUAAAUGGCCAAAAGUUAUGGGUAGCUAAUGUGGGAGAUUCACGAGCUGUUCUAUCGAGGGGAGGUCAGGCUACACAGAUGACCAUAGACCAUGAGCCUGGUAUUGAACGAGGUAGCAUUGAGGACAAAGGAGGUUUUGUUUCAAAUAUGCCAGGGGAUGUCCCUAGAGUAAAUGGGCAGCUGGCUGUUUCUCGUGCUUUUGGAGAUAAAAGCCUUAAAUCACAUUUGCGGUCAGAUCCUGAUAUUCAAAAUACAAUGGUUGAUACCAGCUGUGAUGUUCUUAUCCUUGCAAGUGAUGGUCUUUGGAAGGUUAUGGAUAAUCAGGAGGCAGUUGAUAUUGCACGAAGAACUAGAGAUCCUAAGAAAGCAGCCGGGCAAUUAAUAGCUGAAGCAUUGAAAAGAGAGAGUAGAGACGACAUCUCUUGCAUUGUUGUUAGAUUUAGGUGA